AUGGAGACGUACACAGUUUUCAAGAUAUCAAGAUUCUAUGGUGGUGGACGGAUUUCAAGUACUGUACUAAAUAGAAUGGGAAAGUUGGAAGGAUUCACAAUUUAUGAUGGUAGGUUUGGGUGGGCAAUAACUGAUAUAGCUCCAACUCCCAACAAGAUUAUCAUGGGGUAG